AGCUUCUCUUCUCCUUUACUUCUUCUAUCACCCAAGCCGCAAUCACCCCCUUCCUUCAUCACCGCGUGUACCUCAACGCCCUCUCUCCCUUCUCCAGACACGGGCCAUAGACAUCAUCUACUUGACAGCCCCCCCCCUCCAUCCCUCCAAAAAUAUUUUGAUUUGACCCACUCCCUCGCACGACCCUCUCCAAGCAAACAAAACGUCUCCGGGACCCUGAGCUACUACUCACUACUCACAUACCAAAAGGCACGGCCGCCUGGCAGGCUCCCAUUACCGCCAUUUCUCGCUUCUGCGCUCUCCCCUGUCAAGCAAAUCGCCGUCAAGACCCCCCCAGCCCCAUCACAAUAGAAAAGGACACAAGCACGCACUACGUUUCUCUCCUCUGUCCGAUCUACCAAGCGUCGCCAUCUGCCUGCUUACCGCCGUUUGACCUCAACAAGUCAAGUGGUCGGGACAAGAUCUCUUGACGCAAGGAGGCGAGGGCAGGACCACUAAGGCCAAUUGAAGCUGAUCCUUGAGAGUUUUUAUUGCUCCACGAUCCGGCACCUUGCAUUGCAGCCACGCAUUCCAGCUGCCUCCAUCCUCCAAUCACCACCCCGGGCUCCAUAUAUCCUUCAGUCUAACCACCCUCCCUCUGUCACAUCUUUCGCCCUCCCUUGUCCAACGCUACGCAGCACUAGUCCAUCCCUCGACUGGUGUCGCCGCAGCCUGAAUCAUCAUUCUGCCAUUCGACAAUUCCACCCAUCCCAAAAACAAAUUCCCUGCUUUUUGGGGCUCCUCUAGGUUACCAGAGACUCCCGUUUACUGUUGUACACGACUCUCUCCCAUCCAUCUCCCCGGCCCUACAGUGUCGCGACUUCAUCUGUUGUCCUGUUAUACAACAGUCCACCCUCAACAUCCCUCUCGUCCUUCAUCGGCGGCAACACAUGACAUUCCACCAUGCCUUACAACACUCGUCGGAAAUCUCUCUCCUUGCCCUCGCUGGGCAUUCAUUUGCCCAAUGCCUCUCGCGCUCACCGCCCUAUCCUCAAGACUACCACACCACCUGCAGAGUCCUCAGCAUCUCCUCCGCCUCCUACAAAGAAACAGAAGCGCUCUCAUGAUGGCGAAGCGCCUCUAUCCCCAGUUUCCUCUCCGCGCUCCAAAGUUGGCUCUCCUGCGAUCGAUCUUCCAAUAUCGACCGCACUCGCACUUGGUGCGGUGGUUGAGCAGACGCCACCCCCGUCCCCAAAGCUUGGUGCUCCGGUUCGAAAAAUCGACACAGAUGGUAUCAAUGAUGACAUUGUCAUCUCUGUAAUCGAGCAGUUGGAAAAGACGGGGAACCGACCACACCUGAUCAGGGACCUGGCAACUAUAUUGGCUUCCACCAAUGCCAGUAUUGCUCAUUCUGCGAACCCAGCUGCGUUACUGUCCUCGCGUCUCAGUCUCUACCUGAAGAGACCAUGGACGGCUUUGGCACCAUGCCCGUUGGCGAAGGAAUUGAUACCGGUUCACCCACGGAAGGUCUUCUUCUUUCUCACCACACAGCCGCGAAUGCCUCUCCCUGAGUCCUCGGAUGACAUCCUCCCUCCCCCAGUGAUCUCGGUCAAGAAUCUGACGCCUAGCGUGUCGGAUCAUAGCCAGAUCGAUGAUCUCGAUCAACGAGAUCGUGCUCGACUAUCUCCCAGCCCAGAGGUGGAACUUUAUUCCCCCGACCUAGACCAGGACGACCCCAUGCAGCCUCCGACCCCUGGCGACCAUUUCAGCGCCAGGAGCAGCCUGAAUCCAGAUGGUACGCCUGAUGUUCGCCGUAGAACUAAUCGGGCUCCAAGUCCUCCACUUGAGGAGGACGAACGUGGCUUCACUGAGACAGCCACCGCGGUCCGUGCCCGUGGCAUGAGUCUGCACAAUCCUACCGUCCAGGCGUCAAUCGAGGUUGAGGAAAAGACUCCGGCUGUCGCGGUGUCAGAAGAGACACCGGAACAACGCCAGAAACGUGAUCGAGAGCUCGGGUUGGCUCUCUUCGGUCAGUCCCAUCAAGAGCUCCACGUUCCGGAGCAGAAGCUGUUUUCGAGCAGCCCGAUGAUCCAAGCCAAGCCCGAUCAUCAGGCACCAGUGGCGAAGACGAACCUGACUCUUGACCUGGAUGGAAUUGAGAUGGGCGUGGCUGCCUGGAGCAUGAUGAGUCCCGAGCAAAUCGACGUCGAAGAACUGGACGAGAUGUUUAUGGGAUUCUAGGACUCGAGCUACUGGCAUGACAAACGUUGCUGCGUGCCAGCGUUGGACUCUCGCCUCAUAAGGUUUCGGCCAACCACCAAAUCUCUCAACUUUGGCGUUGGCUAUAUAUCGGCAUGAUUGCUGGAUAAGAGCUUGUUUGCAAUUUGAUGGUUGGCUCUUGAUGAAAUGGCACGUUCUUAAUUUCGGUUUGUCGUCUGAUCCUUGAAGCGAGGCAAAGCCAUGUGUUGUUAGAAUUUACAUCUCAUGAGAAAGAAGAGAUUUUGUAGUAUUAGAGGCCUGUUGGCCGACGGGGGAACAGCGGGUCAGCCAUGCUGAGGUCUCAUGUCUCAUCCAGAGCUGAGAUCCUAGAAAACAAGUGUAUCAUUUGCAAUGAAGUCAUCCAUCAAUUCCU